CACGCAAACAGCAUGAAAACCCAGCAGACGUAUGAUAGGUUCACAGCCGUUGCACGCGGGUCUAGCGCAAUCUCCACACUAAGGCCGGUCUUCAGACGUCAUGCCGGAAGAAGGAGGCAAUCUAUAAUUCCCACGCGUAGUGAACGUCAAAUCUCGGAUUCAAAAAAUACACUUCGCACAGGGAACAUCGCCCACAGGCUUCUUCAGUCAAUUACUCCUCCUCAGCGCCCGACGCGGGAACUCCAGCUAACACACGAUCGAUUAACGAGAACACCGACGAAGGAACUUUGGACAGGUUCUCGAACAAAUGCAGCUAAACCUCGAACAUAUCGCACAAUAGAUAAACGGCCAUAUAAGGUCCUGGUUGCCCCUAGACUGCGGAACGACUACUACAAUGACCUUGUCGAUUGGUCUGCAUUGAACAUUAUUGCGGUGGGAUUGCAGGAAGCGGUGUAUUUAUGGGACAAGAGUACGGAAGUACAUCACAAGCUUUGGCAGACACACCUCCCGGAUUACAUCAGCUCCUGCAAGUUUUCGCCAGAUGGGACCAAACUGGUCAUUGGAACGUUCCAUGGACGUUGCGAAGUUUGGGCGAUCAAAAUGGAUAAUAUGCGGGGCUCUCGCUGUAUCGCACGCAUCCAGCAUCGGAGCGGUGUGACUGCUCUGGCGUGGGGAAAGACAAAAGACGGAAGCGUUAUCCUGAGCACAGGCGAUAAAAGUGGAGUCAUCAGGACUUAUAGCACGACUGCGAGAGCAUCAAAUUCCCGCCACGGAAGCCCUGCAGAUUCAACUCUAAUGAGCCCUGGUACACCUACUCCCAUCGGCAAUAGUUCACCCAUCUCAAGUGCUUCCGGGAAUGGAGACUUCGUCUUGAUGCAAACGUGGAGAGGAUUCCAUACCGGUAGACUAGUUAGCUUGAAGUGGGGCGACGGAGUCUUGGCUAGUGGUGGGAACGAUUACCGGCUCUGCUUCUGGAACCUCGGUUCUGAUGCGCCCAAACGUAUCAUUCACGACAACAAGUCGGCCAUCCGAGGUCUCGAUUGGUGCCCAUGGGAUCGGAAUCUCCUCGCGGCGGGAUGUGGACGAGAUGACCGUCGCAUUCGCGUAUAUAACUCUCAAGGGGACCUGCAAACCGAAAUUUAUACCGGUUCUCAAGUCUGUUCCGUACACUGGUCUAAAAACUUCCGCGAACUGGUCUCCACUCAGGACGACAUGGACCAGCAAAUCGUCAUCCGGAAAUGGCCCUCGCUGGAACCCACCGCGACGCUCUCAGGACACCGCAAGCGGCCGCUGUUCACCGCCAUGAGUCCCAACGGCGAGGAUCUCUUGACCGGUGGGGGCGACGAGGAGUUGAAGUUCUGGAAGUGCUUUGCUGGGAAGCCGCGGUGGAAGGUUGCCACGGAUGGGAAGGAGAAUAGACUCAUGGCGAUGGAUUUGCGGUAGUAGCCCAGAAUGUAGAUAGCGCAAGAGACCUAUUCUAGAGGUCUCAAAGUCAACGAAGAAUCUCUGGUAGUUGCCUGAAUGCAA